AUGGCCAGCGUCCUCAGACAGUCCCUCAAGCUCGGCAUGAUGCCCGCAGACGGCAUCGGCAAGGAGGUCCUCCCCGCCGCUCAGCGUGUCAUCGAGGCCCUCGGCUCCGCCAUCCCCAAGACCACCUUCGUCCCCCUCCUCGCAGGCUGGGAGGAGUUCAACAGAAGGGGAAAGGCCAUGCCCCAGGAGACCCUCGACGCCUUGAAGGAGUGCGACGGUGCCAUGUUCGGUGCCGUCUCCUCUCCCUCCCACAAGGUGGAAGGCUAUUCCUCCCCCAUCGUCGCCCUCCGAAAGCACCUCGACCUUUACGCCAACGUCCGACCCGUCUCCUCUGUCCCCAUCCCCGGACAGGACUCUUCCAAGAAGGUCGAUCUCGUGAUCGUGCGUGAAAACACCGAGUGCCUCUACGUCAAGCAGGAGGAAAUCUCUGGCGAGGGCGAGGACAGGGUCGCUCUUGCUACCAGAAAGAUCAGUGCCCGGGCUUCCAGCAGGAUUGGUCGGAUGGCGUUCGACAUUGCUGCUCGAAGGGGUCAGGAGAGGGAGGCUGCCAGGGCUGCUGGCAAGGAGGUGCUCUGGAAGGGAGAGCCCAAGGUCACCAUCAUCCACAAGUCCAAUGUACUUAGUGUCACCGACGGUCUCUUCAGGGAGACCGUUAGGGCUGUCAAGGAAGGUGCCGGUGGUGAAAAGUACAACGGUGUCAAGCUCGAGGAGCAGAUCGUCGACUCUAUGGUCUACCGAAUGUUCAGGGAACCCGAGUUCUUUGACGUCUGUGUCGCCCCCAACCUCUAUGGCGAUAUCAUCUCUGACGGUGCUGCCGCUCUCGUCGGUUCUCUUGGUCUCGUCCCCUCCAUCAAUGCCGGUGACAACUUUAUCAUGGGCGAGCCUGUCCACGGCUCCGCCCCCGACAUUGAAGGCCAGAACAUUGCCAACCCCAUCGCGUCCAUCCGAUCCGCUGCCCUUCUUCUUUCGUCUCUCGGCUACGUUGAGCCCGCUGCCAGGAUCAAUGCUGCUGUGGAUGCCGUCCUCAUCGAGGGCAGGUACCUGACGCCUGAUUUGGGCGGAAAGAGCACCACCACUGAGGUGACCGAUGAGGUUCUCAAGAGAAUCUAG